AUGGGUAGCUGCCCGCCAAUAUUUGGAAAAGUUUUAAUAUUUGUUGCAUUUGUUAAAUCAAGCAUGGAGUCUCAUUACAAAGUCGCGCAGGAGUCUCUUGAAUGUUACUUGAAAGGAACGAAUUACACGGUAGCCAUGGUCGAUCUAGAUAAUGACGAACGCGUAAAAAGGAAUUGCCCUCGAAAUAAUCAGCUAUUUUUCAAAAAACACUGCGCUGCUGCUGCAUAUCUUCAAGAUACCGAUUGGAUGCUUGUUCUUGAUGCAGACACAGGAAUCGCCAACCCAAAUCAUUGCAUCGAAGAAUGGAUCGAUGAUCGUGUUCAUAUAAUAUUCUAUGAACGUUUUUUCAACUGGGAAAUUGCGAGCGGAAAUUAUCUGGUUCGAAAUACGCAGUUUUCUUUAAAUUUCCUGCGAAAAUGGGGAGACUGGGAAUUCUCACAACCUUUAAAUUGGAAUGGUGCUGACAAUGGGGUUCUACAAAUUCAUAUAUUGCAAACAGUUUUACCUUACGCCACACAAGAGAUUAAAAAUUGCGACAUGUAUUGGCACAAUUCGACCGGUUAUGAUUCAUAUAUGGCUUAUGUGACAUGCUGUAAAUUAGCAUUGGGAGCAACAAGAAUAUGGCCAAAAAUGAUUCGUAUAUACCGCAGAGCCCAUGGCUGGGUUAGAGAUGGCUUCAUAACAACGGAUAGAUUCUGUGAACGUGACUUUAUGUUUCACGGUUGGAAAUCAAACCUAGUUGGAGAAAAUGGAUGGGAAAGUCCCUUUAAUAAAAACUUGAAUACUUCAUUGUGUGGAUCUGGUUUGAACGGUUGGGACAUUAGACCGAAGAAAAAUGUGACUUGUGAUCAAAUAAGAAUUUCAUUAUCAGGGUUUGAACGUGGAAGUGGUAGAAAUUAUCCAAAAGUUGCUCGAGUAAUUCCAUAUCUAUCUGAGCCUGAUGUCGCCAAUUGUUACCCAACCUGUGACGAUAAUAUUUAA